AGUCCGCGUCGGAGAGUUGCCCGCGACGCUCGUCUGCGAGCUCGAUCCCUCAGAUACGCUGCUGGUUUACGGCGUGCCGUAACACGACACGUUUGGAGGGACCGUAACUGCUUUAAAGUGUGCCUGUUGCUCUAUGGACUGGAUACUGUGCCUGAAGUGUUGUGACAAUGUAUAUGUGCUGAACUAUCCUAUUCCCGUCUAUCACUUUAGGAUUUUUUUCAACAAAUAUACCCAGUUCCGGAUCAGCUCAGCCGAUCACCGUGAUGAAAGUAGUGAGUCUACAAUUGCCGUCGGGGCCAAGCAUGGAGCGGUUACCGCUGCCAUUUAGUCCAACGGAGCUUUUAUGGCGGUAUCCACUGCCGUGGGCGCCGCCACCUCCUUCACCUCUGGGUGAUACCAAAGCCCAACUACCUGCUGGUCUCCCGCCAGAACCAAGAUUAUGGACAAGAGAAGACGUUGCAGUUUUCUUAAAAUGGUGCGAGAGAGAGUUCGAUUUGCCAAACUUCGAUAUGGAUCUUUUUCAAAUGAAUGGAAAGGCUCUUUGCCUUUUAACAAAAACCGACUUGGGCGAACGUUGUCCAGGCGCAGGCGAUGUUUUACACAACGUUUUGCAAAUGCUAGUACGUGACGCUGCACUACUUGGGAGGGUUCCAUCAUCUCCAGUGACGCCAACUGCCCGAGCGGCACCAUAUCCUCCGUCCCCACAUUCGCAUCCGCCAACUCCGACCUGGGCCGUCGAUAGCUUCCACCACUUCCACAGCGCAGCUGCAGCUGCUGCUCAACCCAAUUCUGUAACCUUAAGCCCAGCUCCAUCGGUUGAUAGUUCUGGCAGCCCACAAAGAGGAGAAACAUUAAGCUAUGCUUCUGCAUAUGCACCUCCAGUCCCAGUGCAAGCUGCAAGCUCUGGUAGCAAUCAUUCUGACUCAGAUGACGAUGCUCAGUUUGCUCCGCCUCCACGCUCACCGAAAGAAACUCCCUUAACAAGCCCAGCGCCGCAAAAUCACUCUGCAUCCCAACAUACACAUUACCGCGCGCAGCACAGGGAAUUCUUUCCGAAUGAUAUGCCCGAGUCAAACACAAAUGGUAGGUUAUUGUGGGAUUUCCUACAGCAACUAUUAAAUGACCCGACGCAACGAUACACAAAUUACAUCGCGUGGAAAAACCGCGAUACUGGCGUUUUCAAGAUUGUCGACCCAGCUGGUCUUGCAAAGCUUUGGGGCAUUCAAAAAAAUCAUUUGUCUAUGAACUACGAUAAGAUGUCACGUGCACUUAGAUACUACUAUCGCGUUAACAUUUUACGAAAAGUACAAGGAGAACGCCAUUGUUACCAAUUUUUGCGGAAUCCUACAGAACUUAAAAACAUUAAAAACAUCUCUCUCUUGCGGCAACAAAUGAGUCCAACGAGAGUUACACCUCAAUCUGUAGUCAAAACAGAAAUGAAAGAAGAACGUUGCGAAGAUGAACAUGUGGAAGAAGAUAUGCCAACAGAUUUAAGUAUGGCUACAUCAGAACCUUGGAGGAAACGUGCGCGGUCAGAUAACUCACAGCCAAUCUUACCUCACGACAAACAUCGUAUCAGUGCCUUAAUUGGCGACAGUAUGAUGAUGAAACGUGAAUCCGAGUACAACCCAGAACAUUAUGCUCUUAAUUUAAAAAGUGAAAAAUGUGAACAAUGAUUUACGAUGAACAGUGCCUUUGGACACAUCAGUGCGAUACAGACUACGUGUAAAUAGUUUAUGUGUAAACAACUCCACCCUACAGACGCUAGUCAAAUUCCUCUCAGAAAGGAUAUUUUUAUAAGUCUUCCUAUAAUUUUCAUGUUAUACAUGAUAUAUAAGAUCAUAUUAUACAAUAAUAAAUCACUGAGAGAACUUUGACAGGUUAAGUCUUAGGAGUUAUACAGGGUAUGGACCUUAAUGCCUUUGUGCCAAGUGAUUUUAUCUAAUAGUGUCAAUUAAAAAGUAGUUAGCAAAAGGGAUGAAAGUUUAUUUGUGUUAUAUUCAUAGAGACUGUUUUAAUAUUUUGUGCAAUGGACCAUUCAUAUUGACUGCUAACUGUAAUCUCACUAUAACAAAAUAAUGAGAUAAUGAUGUUGCCAAAACUGGAAUGUCAGUGCGUGCGUACAAUUACGCACGUAUGACAUUUUUGUAAUUUUAAUUAGGUAGUUCUAUGUAUGUUUAUUUUUUGUUUUGAGUUGCUGAGGAGAAUACAUACACAAGCGAGUUAAAUGUUUGAAAAUUUAUCACCAUAUUGUUGUCUUCCAUUGAUUCUUUUUGGCAAACAUUUCAAUUGUAGCUUGUGGAAAGAGUUUAAUAUUUUCGUGAGUGCUACCACUUAAGUGUUAAAAUAAAAUGGACAAAGAUUUGGACAAUCUUCUUAAAAGACAAUAACUAAACUAUUAUCUACCUACUAAUUGCCUUGAAAUCAAUCAAAAAUAAAUCCACUGUGAUAAAAAAAUUUAAGUGGUAGACAUGUAGAAUAUGCUAGGUCUAUUCAAUUAUUUCCAGCUACAAUUUUCUGUGAUCUCUUUUAUCAAUAUAGGUAAAUAAUGUCAUAGAGUAAACAUAUUGUGUUUGUAAAUAUUAGUAAGUAAAUAAGUUAGUUAAGAAAGUAACUAAAGAGAAUAUAAAUAUGAUUUGUAAAACAAAAAGUGGAGCUUUAUCAAAGUACCUAGUUAUCAGUAAAUACUAUAACAACUGAGUUUGUAUUUUUACAUUUAAUUCAUUUUGGCAUAAGAAUGCCAUAAUUUCCAAAUAGAACACAAAAGAAACAUGUUUCGCAAAAUAUUGUGUCGACUUUUAUUAAAAUAACUUAAAAUAAAUGAAAAUAACGUUAUCCCAAUAUAAAUUAUAUUUAAUUUGUUGGGUGCCAUUUUUACUCAUUGUGGAAUUUGCGCAGUUAUGCUAUUCGAAGAACUCUUCCUAAAAAUAUUGUUAGGCCUCAACAUUAACAAUGUUUGAAGUUUGAACGAAAUACCGGUAUCGAUAUUUUCUAAGCCUCGUUUUCUGGAAAAUAACAAUUUAUAACGAUGGUGGGCAUAAAAUAAAUACACAAUGGCGAAUGAGGGCCGCGGAUUAGAAUCUCGCAAAAGUAUCUAAAUGGUCUAUAAGUAAUUAUUCCGAGUCUGGAUGUUUGUCCUUUUUUUUAAUUACGUAUGUAAACUGCCUUUACGAUACAGGAGAAAAUUCCAGUAUGGGGGUAACGUUUUUUUUUAAAGGAAAAAGUAAUCAAAAAUAGAUAUAAUAGAUAUUUAUAAUAUUACCUCGCUAAUAUUGAAAAUAUUCUUGAAAUUUCGCAAUUGCCGAUUCGGCACCAGCCUCAAUAUCGGCAACAGUCCUAGUGUGCAAUGGAUGGACAAAGUCAUUUUAAACCUACAACGUCAGAUCCUCGUUACGAAGUCUAUCACGCAAGGAAACUCCGAGCAUAGUCCUAUGUAUAGAUCGUUGAGCGACCUUAAUUUUCCUCAUACGACCAACAGUAAAGGACCACGUCUUAGGUCCCUAUGUCAUCACUGACAACACGUAGUGGUUAUACACUCUUGUUUCCGGGUUUUGAGGAAUAUGCGACGAAAAAAUGUGUCUUAAUCUCUCUUCCUAAUAAUAUUCUUAAUUAAUACUUCGAUUUACCUCUCGAACGAAAUUGAAGUCCAAUUGAUGAUGAAACUUAAUGGGACAAUUUGUCCAAGUAGCAUACGUCAAGAACUUCGAGCAUAGUAUUCGCAAAUAUCAUCAGCAAAGGUAUGAUAUGAACGUUAACUUUGUCUUGUCCCUGUUUAUCCUAAGACCAAUCCUUUGAUAGAUACUAUUGAGGUCAAGUGCUAAAGAUUCCCAUUUCAGUGACUUCGCUAUAUUAUGACUAUUGUCUGCAAAUCGAAGGUGAGUGACUGGCUAUUCGUGUUAUACCAUAUCUUUUCCAAUCCAGUACCUUAGAAACGUCUUCCAAAGCAGCGGUGAAGAAUGUUGGGGAUAUAAUAUCAACCUGUACAACUCUCUGCAGCUGAGUCGGUUUCUGUACUGAAAUGAAAUCGUCUGCCAUCGUAGCCUAACUGUACAAGCACUUCGUACACAUACCCACUGUUAACAUGGCACCGCUAAUAGGAAAAAAAGCACCCCCAAAUUUCG